AACUGAGGAGUGGUAUGUCAGAAAUUUUAUCUUGAAGAAUUAUUAGUUGUCUCAGGCAAAAGAGGUUUCCUUUCUGAGACUCAGUUCUCAUCACUUCGUUAUACCUACCACGCAUGUGCCUGAUUAUUGAUCCUUGCAGGAAGAGUAACUAGCAUUCUAAAACUAAGCUUUGGCUUUUUUGGGUUUAUUCGACUUUCUAUUUAGCAAGGUUCGGUUCGGUCUUGCCUUUGCUCAGCAAAAACACACACAAUAUGGCUGUGAAUGGAUCAAAACAACUAGUUGGAGUGAUUUUUACAGUGUUUCUUCUUCUUCUCUCACCCUCUCUUUCUGUUUCUGUUCAUCAAAACCCAAAUGAAACCACGAAUCCCACCGUCGUUGAGACAAGCGAAAAUCCUGGUUUUCUUUCUAAAGUUGCGAACUUUUUGUGGAGCUCGUCUGGAUCAGGAUACCAACACACUUGGCCAGACGUAGAAUUUGGAUGGAGAAUAGUAACAGGGACGAUAAUAGGGUUCUUAGGAUCUGCAUUCGGAACUGUGGGAGGUGUUGGCGGAGGUGGCAUAUUUGUCACCAUGCUUUCUCUCAUCAUCGGAUUUGAUCCAAAAUCAGCUACUGCAAUAUCCAAAUGUAUGAUUACUGGUGGAGCCGCAUCGACAGUUUUCUACAAUUUGAAGCAAAAGCACCCAACGCUUGACAUGCCUGUCAUUGAUUACGAUUUGGCACUUCUUUUCCAACCAGUGCUGGUGCUUGGAAUCAGCAUUGGAGUUGUCUUCAAUGUUAUUUUUGCUGAUUGGAUGAUCACAAUCUUGCUAAUUAUUAUUUUCAUAGGAAUUGCAACCAAGGCAUUGCUAAAGGGAGUUGAGACAUGGAAAAAAGAAACCAUUAUCAAGAAGGAAUCUGCUAGACAGUCACAAUUAAAUGGCACUGAAAGAACUGAGGAGGUUGCAUAUCAGCCUCUGCCAGGAGGCCCAACAGCUCCAAACGGAAGUAAUCAUACAGCUCCUGAAAAAUCCAACCAAAAGAGAUCUCUUGUUGGAAAUAUUCGCUGGAAAGCGCUUGGAAUACUUUUCACUGUCUGGGUCGUUAUACUUGCGUGCGAGAUUGGAAAAAGUCACACAACAACUUGUUCAAUCCAGUACUGGAUACUUAAUAUAUUACAGGUCCCUGUGGCAUUAGGAGUGACAUCCUUUCAGGCCAUACGUUUAUACAAAGGGAAGACAGUGAUAGCGUCGAAAGGAGAUCAACAAACACAAUGGCGACCAUACCAGUUAAUCAUGUAUUCUGCCUGUGGCAUAUGUGCUGGUAUGGUUGGUGGCUUGCUUGGUCUUGGUGGAGGUUUCAUAUUGGGACCUCUUUUUCUCGAGUUAGGAAUCCCUCCUCAGGUGUCAAGUGCCACAGCUACUUUUGCCAUGACAUUUUCUGCAUCUAUGUCAGUGGUAGAAUACUACCUUUUGAAUCGGUUUCCCAUUCCUUAUACUCUUUACUUUGUGGCUGUAUCCACUCUUGCGGCCUUUGUUGGGCAAGUUUUAGUGAAAAAGCUGGUUGCCUUGUUAGGAAGAGCAUCACUCAUCAUUUUCAUCCUCUCUGGCACCAUUUUUGUCAGUGCACUAUCACUAGGUAGUGUGGGCAUAGCAAACAUGAUCCAUAAAAUUGAACAUCAAGAGUACAUGGGUUUUGAAAACCUCUGCACAUACGCGGGCUAAAGCAUCCAAAUUCAGGCUAUUUGUAGAUUCAAUUUCAAGGAACAGACCAUUUAAUUCACAUUUUUCAAUUGUUUCUCAAUUGGAGUCUUUUUUACUAAGUCUUAAGUUUGGUAGUGUUUUGUCAAGAAUUUUAAGUAACAAAGUUCAGCAUUUAAUUGUAUUUCAAACAUCCCAGGAUCUUGAAUCUUGUUCUCACAUAAGAAAAUUAUGUAGUGUGCCUUUUUAAAAUUUUAUCAUUAUCAGGUUAAAUUA